CCCACCACCACGAUCAGAAAGGGAAUGCCACCGCUGCCGAAAGGCCAGGGAAUUUGCCCACGAGGAGCGUCACUACCGGACUUUUUUGAUGAGACACCUACUGCCUAUCUCGGAGGUGUUUAGCUUCGAGGAGGCCGUGGCGCACCUCAACGAUGCGAUAGCAUCGCGCCUGCUGCGGCAGGAUUCGAAUCACGGUACGAAUCCGCCGAUGCCGCAUCCCACGCGAGUGGACUGGAAUGAAGUCUUAAGGUGGCAGACCGGAGGAGGGAUGCCUUUGGGAAGUUUCUGCUGAGAUUGGACGAGUAUGGGAUGAUUAGGGACAGAUUAUUUUGAUCUGGCUGUCGAUUGUGUGUAUAGUGGGUAUAUAUGGAUUACAUUGUAGGAGGAGAGUGGUCGGGGGAU